AUGCCUCGAGGUAGACCAAAAUCUCAGCUGGCUCCGUGCCGGUUCUGUAACCGAGAAUUCAAGCGGCUGGAGCAUUUGAAACGACAUGAGCGUACCCACACACAGGAAAAGCCGUUCCACUGCCAGUGUGGAAAAUAUUUCUCUCGACAGGACCUGCUAAGCCGCCAUGAAAGACUUCAUCAUGCGAAAGGGUCGACCAACCGGUCAAAUUCGACCUUGGCUAGCCCGGAGCUGGUUGAAGAAACUGGAGAUGGGUCAUAUCUCCAGAUAGAUGAUUCAACACAGCUCCAGCCGAGCUUGCAUGGCCCAGCGUGGUCAGAUACAACUCUCACCGGUUCUAAUGUGCCUCCGGUGACCGAGAGCUCCUAUGGAAUGGACAUGACACAAGACGCUCUGCAAUUACCAGUUCUUUCUUGGGACAAUGAUGCAUUUUCAUUUGACGAUUUCAUACCAUCACAUUUCCUCGAUACAGACGUCUCUCUCAGUGAUCUGUUCCAGCAGGCUCCGGUCCACAAAGAGUUGGGACCAAACGCACUUGCUGGAUCUGGCUCUUUUUCGGAGCUUCAAAACCACACUCUGACGCAGAACCCAAACUCUGUAUCACACAAUGCAUUGCAUGACAACAUGAAUUUGAAACAGCCCCCGCGGUUCCCAUCUAUGGGUGAUCAUGUGGACAUUAGCAACAUGGACACGAGAUCGAAUGUUGCCAAUUGUCCAUGGGCUGUGUCACUCUCUGAUUACAAGAUCAUUGUUGAUAGAAUCACGACACCUCAGACUGCGUUGCUGAACAUGCCAAUUCCAUCAAAGUGUGCUCUUGUGCGCUAUCUUGAGGGCUAUUUUCGCAAAUUCCAUGACCAUCUGCCGUUUCUUCAUGCUGCUUCGUUUCGGCCGGAGAAUAUAGGCAUCGAGCUACUCCUUUCCAUGUCUGCAGUUGGUGCCUUUUACUGCUUUGAGAAUGCUGAAGGCUAUCGUUUAUAUGGAACAGCGCGAUCUUUGAUUAAUUACGCUCUCGAGUCUCAGCGCCGUAAACUGAUUGAUCGACUAACAUCUCAAGCUCCAAGAUCCAUGACAAAGGGUGUUACAGCCGAUCAGUCAGUUUGCUCGCCUCCUCUGCUGUCACAUACGGCGGAGACUCCUCAAUCAGAUUACUCGUCAAUUGAGGGGGAAGGCUCGCAGGCUCGGCUUGAAAGAGCACAAGCACUGAUCAUCCUGACUGCCGUGGGCGCUUGGGGAGAUAAAUCACUUCUUAAGGAUAGUCUGGCAAUGAGCAGUCAGCUCGCGGACUUGGUGCGCCAGCUCGGAAUCAGCAAGCCAGACGAUGCCAGCAAGUUGAAUCUUGGGUGGGUGGCCUGGACAGCUCACGAGCAACUACGGCGCACAUUGCUGGUAGCCUAUAUUAUUCUUAACCUAAACAGCAUCAUAUCCGAUGUCCCGCCUGUGAUUCUGACCCAUGAAGUCGCUCUGUGUCUCCCAUCCUGCGAGGCUGAAUGGGGUGCCAAUUCAGCAGUCGCUUGGCAGCGGCAUCGCGAGGUUUCGGCUCUGAGGGAGCGUCCAUUGGUGCAAACAUUGAAUCAAUUGUUCGCGGGUCAGAGCAUAUGUGACGAUUGGGGCGUGUCGGCAUUUUCAAACUAUGUCUUGAUCAUUGCCAUCAUCCAAAAGAUAUACUUUGAGAUCCAAAUUUGCCGAGACACAGUACCUAUUCAGCCCGAGCUUCUCAAAACUUUUGAGAGAGCCCUCAAGUUGUGGCAGCAUUCAUGGGAGACCACAUGGGAGUCUACUCUUGACCCAAAUUCACCCAAGGGCCCUAUUGGAUUCAAUGCAACAGCUAUAUUGCGCCUAGCGUAUAUACGACUCAACAUCAGAAGGGGGCUUUGUCAUAGCUUCGUCGCCAGUGACAAUUUGAAGAUCACCGAGGUAUUCGCCAAUCUCAGAGGUAUAUCCCUGUCCCGAAAUGCUCCUUUGGAUCGGGCAAUUCUUCAAUGCAUCCAUGCCCUCAGCAUCCCUGUAAGGGUUGGUAUUCAAAACGUGGCCCGCACCCAGGUGAUGCAUUGGGGCAUUCAACAUUUGAUAUGUCAUCUCGAGUGCGCAUUACUUCUGGCCAUAUGGGUACAGAACAUCGCAGAGGCUGUUCAGGCCAAUGGUAUCGCUUCUUUGCGCGGUGAUGAAAUAAAGCUACUCACUAUGGUGAAGGGCCUGGUGAAAGAAACCCAUCUGAAAGACAGUAUCGUUUACCAUGAGGAGACGGCGGCAAAUAUGUAUCGACUCGCGGUAUCUAUCGCUCGACUUUGGGCUGAGAUAUCUGGCGGAACGCACAUCUUUGACAUUGUUUAUCGCGUUGGAAACUGCUUGUCGGUGAUCUCCAAUACUCUGGAGUUGGAACAUUCUGCCUUGUAA